AUGGUGGAGCCAAAGGAUUUCGAAAUAACGAAAUUCAUUGGAAAUGGAUGCUACUCGACCAUUUAUGACGCAGUUUCCACGAAUGAGAGGGAUAGAGGUGCAAAGUAUGCGCUAAAACGAAUUUUUAUAUUAAAUGCUUCGGCACUUAUUCGCGCAAUUCAGGAACAGCGAACACUUAUACACAUUUCAAUGGAGCCUGAUCGGUCACCUUUUUUAACUACUCUCUACUACAGCUUCCGAGUUCACAGAUCCCCGGUCCUGGUAAUGACUAAAGGAAGUGGUGUAGACCUCUGUGAUCUCCUAUUCGAAUAUGGCUGCCUAGAAAUUUCUGAGGCUCAAUUUUACAUUUGUGAAGUAAUCUGUGGUUUGGAGUAUCUCCACAGUAAGGAAAUCAUCCACUUGGAUAUCAAACCGGAAAACAUAUUACUUGCUGAUACGGGCCACAUACUGAUCACAGAUUUUGACUCUUCUUACGAUCGCUACCGUAGGCUAAGGGUUCCUCUAUUUAAGGACGAUCCAGGCACUCCUCUUUAUAUGGCACCUGAAGUUGCAAAAAAGGUGGCCAUUUCAUCCAAAGCAGAUGUCUGGAGCAUGGCCGUCCUCAUGGCUGCAAUGAUAUCCGGUCCGAUUCGAGAAUUAGCUCCCAUUUAUACGGAUGAUUAUAAACUUGCAGAGAAAGGCGAAUGGUGCAUAAAAGUGUUUGAUUCUCUGGAGCCAUCUCUGCAGUUCUUUUUCUGUUGCUGCCUUCAAGUCAACUUCGAGGUGCGUCCAUCAAUUGAAGAGGUGAAGGAUUUAAGUUUCUUCAGCGACAUCAAAUGGGAUGAAGUGGCUGCCCGCAAGAUGCAACCGCCUUACCAGCCUUCUGAUUUGGAAAUUUCCAAGGAUAAGGUCAAGUUUAAGUUUAAUCCCCGAGAUCCCCUAAUCCUUCAGUCAGCUUUUGGAGAGGGAAUGCCAGUGAUUUGGAGAACUCCACAGUAUAUUCUUCGAAAAGAUAGAAAACGCAGUCUUGUCACUUUAUUUUCGAACUAUGAAAGACUCGACGAAACAGGAGUGCCGCUUAGAAAAAUUGAAAAAUGCUUUACAAACUUUGACUUCAUACAUGCUGAUUUUGUAGAUGCUGAAAUUAAGAGCUGGCUAAACAUCUCACCUCCUGCCGCUCAAUCGGCCGAUGCGUCCGGAACAGCCAAAAGAGAAUUGGAGGAAGCAGAAACUUCUUCAAGACCGGAUAACAAACGGCCUCGAGUUCCCACCGAUCCUUAA